AUGGCAGAGACAUUCCACCCCUUUCCCGACCUUCCCAAGGAGCUGCGGCUCAAGAUCUGGGAGCAAGCCCUGACCGAGGCGCGCCCCGACCGACGCAUCAUCGUCUACGAGAGUCGUGUGGUCCCGUUCAAGCAGUCCAUCAGCUCACUCCUGCUCGUCAAUUACGAGUCCCGUACCUGCGCCAAGGCCUUCUACGACGUGAAACUCGACGUCUAUGCGAUUCCGUCGCUGACUGACUGCCAGAUCGAGCGUUUGGACAAGAAGACGCACUGGGAGCGAUUUCCGGACAUCGAAAGGGCAGUGGACGGCAAGAUCCACGGCUACACUGACGAAGUUGUCCGAAUGAAAUUUAACAACGAACGUUUCACUGCGCAUAAGGAGCUGAGUGAUGACCUUGGCAGGUACAUGGACGAUCGUUUGUGGAAUGAUCGCCGCAGGGACACUGACGAUGAUUUGCGCAAUUAUCGCCGGUUAAAGAAGGAACUGCUCCUCAAGAUCGAUCUUAAAGAGAAAGAAUACACUGUCGAUCUGGAGGAGCACUGGGCUGCAUACGUUGAAGAACGACUGUGGGAGUUAGGAUCAGAGUCUGCUGCUAAAGCCGAGACAUCGGGGCUGAGCAAGGGCGCAUUCUACAUCAGCCCCGAGCAUGACAUCUUCAUCGACGGCUAUGAGUGCGGAAAGCACUUCUUCAACAUUGACGAUGCCUCCAAGAUCUUCGGCACCACAUUGGAGCCAAGACUUACAUGCCGUCACAUCUCGGAGACUUUGUGCGCUGCUACACGAGAAAGAGUCUCCACCCCCGUGGAAGUGACGAGAGGCCAGCCGACUAAUAAAAAGCCUCACUGUGCCUUCAGGGACAACGACCUGUUGGAGUAUUGUCCCCCAUACAGACCUAGGGGGGUUGAAGACAACUACCCAUCGAUCACGUCUUACUUCAGUUUGACGCCUUACUCAUUCACCCCACCCGGCUUUCUUCAGCAACUUAUAGAGGCGGACGGAACCGAACUCUCCAAGAUCCUUGGGGUUUGGGUAAAAACGGGGAAUUUAUAUCCAGACAAGCCUGGAAGGGUUUUCUGGACCUUCACCCAGACGAAAGGCUUCACGUGCCAUGACCCGCUGUUGAAACAUCGACAUUCCGUGUCAGUAGACUGGACGCAUGAGAUGAUGGCGCACUGGAGAGUCGGACAAGCCAGAGUGCUUUAUUCAAUGCAAUGCAUGCGCCCCGUCCCAACGGAUUAA